AUGGAGCUCCGUCCACUCCGUGUGAUGAUCUUGCUUAUUUCACUUAUCCGAGUCGGACAAGCUCAAGCAGUGAUUAAACCAGUUCUGUCUGUGGAGCCGAAUUCACCUCAAAUAUUCAGAGGAGAGACGGUUACAUUCACAUGUAGGAUUUUGGGAUGGAGUGGACCGUACUACUGGUACAAAGAUGGUGUUAAUGUUCACAGAUCUGCUGAAAAUUACUACAUUAUAAAUGUAGAUCACAGUCACAAAUACAGAUGUUACGGGUCUAUUGAUGGACGGUCAACGCUACUGAGUAAUGAAGUGACUCUCUCAGUGAUCGAGAGACCAAAAGCCGUUCUGACUCUGCAGCCUGAUGGACAGAUAUUCAGUGGACAGGAAGUCACUUUCACAUGUAAAAUACGAGGACAUGCAGACACUGAGUGGAUGUACAACUGGUAUAAAGAUGGUGUCCAAAUAUCCUCCUACACUGAGAGCAGGAAAUAUUCAUUCACUGCUGUAGAGUCUCUCAGCGCUAAAUACACCUGCAGCGGACGGAGAAGAAGCGACUCUCAGACCUCAGAGACCAGCAACACUGUUACACUCACUGUGUCAGAAAAACCCAAACCGACUGUGAGAGUGAAUCCUCAGAGCUCCGUCUACACUGGAGACAGAGUUACUCUGAACUGUAAUCUGCUGUCUAAUGGAUGGACUUUUCUCUGGUACAAAGAUCGAGUCCAAGUAGCUGAAGACACCAACACACUCCAUGAUACAGUCUCUAAUGCAGGAGAAACAGUGUAUCAGUGUAAAGCACGCAGAGGAAACUACGACUCAGAGCUCAGUGAUCCAGUUACAGUUACAGUUAGAGGUGAAUCUCCUCCAGUGUCUCUGAUCAUCAAUCCCAGCAGAACUCAACACUUUACUGCUGACUCUCUCUCACUGAGCUGUGAGGACCAGAGUAACUCUACUGGAUGGACAGUGAGAGGAUACACACACAGUGAGACAGUGUCUGAUUGUUCAUCAGGUUCAGGAUCUACAUGUAACAUCAGCUCCCUCUCUACAUCACACACUGGAGUUUACUGGUGUCAGUCUGAAUCUGGAGGACGCAGUAAUCCUGUCAACAUCACAGUGCACCAUGGUCAUGUGAUCCUGGACAGUCCUGUCCAUCCUGUGACUGAGGGACAUCCUCUGACUUUACAUUGUUUAUCUCGCAACUCAAAUACCUCAGCUUCUGGUGUUGAUUUCUAUAAAGAUGGUUCAGUCCUGCAGAACAAGACUACAGGAGAGAUGACCAUCAGUACUGUCUCAAAGUCAGAUGAAGGUUUCUACCACUGUAAACACCCAGAGAGAGGAGAGUCACCCAAAAGCUGGGUUUCAGUCAGAGAUGGAAAAGCUCCACUGUUGGUACUGAAGCUCCUCAGCAGUGCAGUAGCGGCCUCUCCGUAUGUGCUGGUGACCAUCAUUCUGGCAGUGAAAUGUUACAGAGCUCGAACUGACCCUGAUGAGGACAACAGACCAUACAGAGUGAUAGAAGCUGAAGUGUCUGUCUGAGUCUCAGGUGUUUACAUUAUUUUUUAUCAUCUAGCGUUUAUAUAACAGCAGCUCCCCGUGCAACAGAGAACACUGCAUUUAGCCCAUGGAGCUGUAACAUGAUGAACGAACGACUCUGACCCGAAGACUCGAGAGCUGAAAUAAUUAUUUCUGUUUCCGGGGAACAGACGUGAGAAAUGCGACGUGACAAAAGAAAGAACGACUCGGAUCGGGAGGUGAGGUGAACUAACAGACUGUAUAGCCUGAAGACCUAAUGCUAAGCUAUUAAUUAAUCAUUUCUGUUUCUCAUAAUUUGGCCUUGGCUGCAAUAGCCUAUAUUUUAUUUUUUAUUCCAAAUGUGAUCAACGUUUGCGUAAGUACUAGAUGUGUUGGUGAAUUUAACAUGUAACAUUUUAAUUAUAUUCUGCUGAAAUGAAAGAAAUUACUUGAAAAUAGAUUUGUUCAUUUUGCUGAACGCGAUUCAAAGAUCCGAGUCAGUAAAAUGGUCCGAACUUCCCAUCACUACUGCUCACUGCAGAGCCAAAUAGAUGGAGCUGGACAUCUAGCUCCACCUCUCUUGAUCUAGUCUAGUAAUCUUUGGGUCUAGUCUAGUUCCACCUCUAUGGCUCAUUUCGCCAUCUACUGGCUGUUAACGUUAAUGCAAGCCCUUCAUUAGAUCAAACUUACCUAAAGGGGAAAAAAUGUUGAUUGUUAAUGCACGAAGGUUAGGUCAAAGUAACCAUGAGACUUGCAUGGAACUGGAGAUGCUGGCAUAGCUAAUAUUGCCUUAUCUUUCUUUAACAUUUUUCAUGAUUUCAUGAUUUUUCUGCACUGUUUCUGUGACAAACUGCAUGACUAGACUACCUUCUUUUUUCCCCACUGUAUUAAGGCUAUGUAAGCUAUUUGUGAAUUUUCUCAGUCAUAUGUGAUUCAUUAAUGUAAUAGUGUGCUCCUAAUAUGCUGUUUGCUUUUAAACAUGGGAACUGAGUUACCCUUGCAGGUGUGAUAAAAAAUAAAUAAAUAAAAUGAUCACCUAUCUGCUUGUCUUAUCUCUUUUGUUGCUUUUAAAUGUACACUUAGGGUCUCCACCUCAUGAAAGAAAAAUGAAUGCAUGUACAACGAGAGUAUCAUUGUGAAUAUAAUUUAGAUGGAAAUAU